AUGGCCGAUCGCUUUGAUCCAAGUCUGAAUUGUGACUUUGACGAGAAAAAACAGGUACUUCAAGGCAAAGCGGAACCACGUGAUGCUGCUCGAGUUGCUAACAAAGAUGAUUUAAAUUUGCCACAUGUUGUUGGCAAUGAUGUGAACCCGCCAGCGGCUGAUGAAAUGGAGUAUGAAGGCGGAGCGACAACGAAAGGACCGCACUUUAAAGGAUUGUCCGAUAAAAAUGUUCGUAUCAGUGCUCCGGUGGCCUCUGAAAAUAGUUUGAGUCAAACUGUCACUCUGGGCAUUACAACGAAGUCAAGACUGAAACGAGAAUGGAAUGGGAAUGAUUCGAUCAAAUACCUUCACCAAUUCGGAUAUUUACCUCCAGCGAAUUUGAUGACAGCCGGCUAUGGAGCUCCAGAAAUGGACACGGCUCAAGAAAAGCUUCGUGAAGCUAUUCGAAGAUUUCAAAGAAUCGCUGACAUUCCUGAAACUGGUGUCAUUGAUGAGGCGACAAAGGAGAAAAUGGCGAAACCGAGAUGCGGUGUGCCCGACGUGGCGGCGCUCUCAUACGGAAAAGCUUCAAUAAAAUGGCAUAAACGUGAGUUGACGUGGUCGAUCGACGAUUAUUCGCCAGAUCUCUCAAAAGAAAUAAUUCGAAAAGCUACAAAAGAAGCAUUCAAUUUCUGGUCACAAGUGGCGCCAUUGGAUUUUCGAGAAAAAUUGACA